CUCCUACUACGACCAAUUCCUCCAGGCGAGGCCGAAACAGAUCAGAGAGAAGUAAAGAAAAGAGAGGAAGUUUGCAUUAUUGUUUCCCUAGCAGACGAAGGGGAAAGAAAAAAUACGCAAAAAUCUUGCUAAUCUUAAUAUCCUCUCCUAUCUUUGCCUGAAACAUAUACCUUACCUUCCUCUAUCCGGAAGAUACUCGCUUUUUUACGUUUCAGUUUUAUGUGCCUAUAUUCUCGUCCUACUCAGUCCCAAUGAAUAUGCCGAAGCACACCCGCUCGUCAAGUUCGAGCCAUAAUCGGUACUCGAACCCGAACCCCAUGCCGGUUUCUCUCGCUCCGUCAGCUCCCGUUCCCAUCUAUAACACGCGACAACAACCCCUGCCGCUGAAUACGGGAGGUUAUUAUCCCACCGUAGCCUCCACGUCGGCGCAACCUUCUAUGCAGGCGCAGCAGUAUGAUCCCUACCAGACAGAAGUAGUGCCGCAGGCUCCGAUGCCAAAUCGCCCUUCGUCAGGUGCUUGGGCGCUUCAAGACGAUCAGAACUUGCUGGCGGCCAGGCAACAGGGGCUUAACUGGGCUCAGAUCCAGAGCAGUUACUUUCCAAACAAGUCGCCCAAUGCCUGCCGAAAGCGCCAUGAACGGUUGAUGGAGCGCAAGGGUGCCGAUGACUGGGAUAAUCGGAAAUUGGAGCGUCUUGCUAAGGAAUACAUGAGCAUGCGUAAAGAGAUCUGGCAACCACUAGCGGCACGUACCGGAGAGAAAUGGAUGGUUGUUGAAGCUAAGUGCAUGAACAACGGUCUCAAGAACUUGCAGUCAGCAGCGCGAUCAGCGGCGCGGCGGGAGCGGUUGGAAUCUGGUCAUCCAAUCCAUGGGUAUGACGACGAUAGCGGCAUUUCCGGGAUUGGUCUGACUCCAGUAGAUGACCUCGACGCCUCUUAUAGCAGCCCCGAGACGACGGCGUCUAGCUCGCAUUCGGGCGGCAGCAACGGUGGCUACGGCGGUUCCAUUCACCCCAUGGCGCUCAGUAGCCACCCGUACGGCGGCAACUACACCACCAGCGCUGGCGGCUUGUCUUCCAGCUACGGCUCCUCCGUCUCGUCUUCGGCUGCCGCGGCACAUUACGGCACCGCCAUGCAUGCCUCCCACUCGCAAGGGGGCUCUCCUUACAUAAGCGACGGGCAAAGACUGCCUAGUGUCGACAUGGGCAUCGACGCCAUCAUUAAUCGACCGGGUCACGGGUCUACUCACACCAUGUGAGGGUAGGCACUACGAUAUCCGACGUUUUUUUCUUUUCAAGGGGCGAUUUCCAUACCCCCUUAUCCACCCGUUUAUUUAUCAUUUGAUUAUUUCAGCACGAAAAAACGUGCGCGAUCAAGCUGUUGCGUUCCAGCUAGUAUUCGUUACACACAUAUUUUUUCCAAUUAUCGAACGACACAUGUUGACAUCAGUCAGUGUGUUUUUACCACACAUUUUUACUAUUAACUAUUUCCCCAAUUUUUUUCCUCCUACUUCUACUAUCUGCCUACCUAGGUACUAUUGCUGAAUUUUCAGGCGUUCACGGUGUCAGCAUAGCAUAGCGAAACUAGGGAAUAUAAAGAGGGGGGCGGCGGGCGAGCAGCUUAUUAUCAUGAGGAAGAUUUUAGUAGGAGGCGAUACGAAAGAUGAGAGAGAUAGUGGAAGUUGAAGAAGACUGGGUUACCAAAAGAUGAAGUUGACGACAUUCCUUUAUACUAAUUUGUUUUGGGAGCGGCGAAGGGGAAAAUGCUGUGCGAUUAUUGCUAGGC